CGGCAAUCGCCAAAAUUGUUGGGCACAAUGCGAAAGGCAACAACAGAUUUGACCCCAUUGUGAAUAUGUGGGUGUUUGAAGAGAUGGUCAAUGACAAGAAACUCACCGAGAUAAUCAACACGGAGCACGAAAACGUCAAAUAUCUACCCGGGCACAAACUUCCCAAAAAUGUGGUAGCUAUUCCUGAGGUGGUGGACGCCGCUAAGGGGGCAGAUGUGCUGAUCUUCGUGCUCCCCCAUCAGUUCAUCACCCGCAUCUGCGACACUAUCAAACCCCACGUCAAGACCGGAGCCAUCGGGAUAUCACUCAUCAAGGGUGUGGAUGAAGGCCCAGAGGGUCUGCGUCUGAUCUCCGACAUCAUCCGUGAGAAGCUGGAGAUGGACGUCAGCGUACUCAUGGGGGCCAACAUAGCCAACGAAGUCGCAGACGAGAAGUUCUGCGAAACCACCAUUGGUGCCACUAACUCAGCCAAUGGGCAGCUGUAUAAGGAGCUGCUGCAGACGCCAAACUUCCGUAUCACCGUGGUAGCGGAGAGCGAUACAGUCGAGCUCUGCGGCGCUCUGAAGAACAUUGUUGCGGUGGGUGCGGGGUUCUGUGAUGGACUGGGUCUGGGGGACAACACCAAGUCAGCGGUGAUCCGCCUGGGCUUGAUGGAAAUGAUCGCCUUUGCCAAGAUCUUCUGCAAGGGGCCUGUGACAUCGGUGACCUUCCUGGAGAGCUGUGGGGUGGCCGACCUCAUCACCACCUGCUACGGGGGACGCAACCGCAAGGUGGCCGAGGCCUUCGUCACCACGGGAAAGUCCAUUGCUGAGCUGGAGGCUGAGAUGUUGAAUGGCCAGAAGCUUCAGGGUCCUCAGACGUCUGAGGAGGUCUACAAGAUCCUCAUGAAGAAAAACAUGAUCGAAAAGUUCCCACUGUUCAAGUCGGUGUAUCUGAUCUGCUUCGAGGGCAAGCCAGUGAAGGAGUUCAUCACGUGCCUACAGCAGCAUCCAGAGCACAUGUGAUUGGGCCACUACGGUGUACGGCGAGGGACAAACCUAACCACUCCAACUCUGCAAAGAGACACACACAAGAAACACUUUAUCCUAAGAAACGCACACAGUAACUUACUCAGUGGACAACCUACACAGUAAAUAAUACAGUGUUAAUUCAACAUGUAGAGUUGAUUUUAUUUUCUAGAGCAGGCGUGGGGGAACCUUUUCCAUUUGAGGGGCCACUUCAAAUUCAUUAGAGGGCUGUAAAAGUCCUCGGUACUGGCCACAAAUCAGGAUUUCCCUCUGCACUUUAGGCCUAUAUUUUAAAACAGACCCCCACCUUCUCUAGAUCCCCCGAUUAUAACUUAAUUGUAUUGCAAAUGUGUUUUCUAAGAUUCCAUUAGAAAAUGUGUCAUAUCUCAUGUGAAGCUGCAUAAUAUUAAAAUUUAAUUGGGGUCCGGAUAAAACGGCCGCAAGGGCCGCAAACGACCCUCAAGACAUAGGUUCCCCACCCCUGUUCUAGAGUGUAUUUUGUCCCAAAGAACUCUUUAAGUGUUGAAUUAGCACUGAUUUUUACAGUGUAGUGUACUGUACAUACUAAUGGUUCUUGUUUAGUUCUCCUUUUGUAGUUUUUCUGACUCUCAGUCCAACCCUGUGGUGUUUGUUUAUGAAAUUGAAUGUAUAUCCCCAAUCCCACUACCAGUUCCUGCUUAUUGGAACUCUUUUGAGAAUCAGGUACACAACUGUUCCAGUGCUCUACCUAACUGCAAUGUUUAAGUAGCCCAUGUCUUUUUUCCUAAAGCACUUUUGACUAUAAAGUCCACAUUCCGAUGACAACCAAUUGAAAUGCUCUAACACAAGAAUGAAGUGAAAUUGUCUCCUGUGGGAUGUCCAAAACAGAAAACACUCCACCAUGAUGUUUUUUAAGUAACCUAUGAUUGAAUGGUGAUAUCAGUUGCAGUCUCUUGCUCCCCUUCUUCAAUGUGAACAAAUCUGGAGGCAUGGCUUCUUGGACUUGUUACUUGUGUACUUUCAAACUGUAACUUGUUUCAACCGUUCCCCCUUUAACUCUUACCUUUCCUUUAAAUGGGCUUCAUCCCAUGCAAGCCAGUCAGACUGGAUCCCCACCCACCGCGCAAACCACUAGGUGUGGCCCGCACGUGCCUUAACAUACUUCCAUCUUAACAUACACGCCUUGCUCACUCCACACUUUCUGAAAGCCUUACGAUGGUGUUUUGUUAAAACAUUUUGUUAAGUUCAUACUUGCUGCAGACUUUGUACGCAGAGUAGCCUACUCUGUACUUCCAUCUUAACAUAGGCCUACACGCCUUACUCUCUCCACUGUGUACUUAAUAUACAAUACUAACUGUAGUAUACUGUUUAUAAAAGCCUUAUGAUUGUCUUUUGUUAAAACAGUUUGUUUUAAGUCCAUACUUGCUGCAGACUUUGUACGUAGAGUAUCCUACUCUGUAUGUUUGAGAUAUAAUUCUUUUUAAAAUUCAGGUCUAACGUCAGCUCAGGUACUGCUGUGUACAUCAUUGGGACGCACAAUCGUAUUAUUACCAUCUUGGGUGAAAAUCUUAUGACAAUCGUAAUCUUAUUUCACCCUAAUGGAUUGAAGACAGUAGACUAUUGUUGUGACUUUGUCUUGUCAUUAUGUGUAGUACAUCAUGACUGAAUCUAUUUGCAGUCUGUUUUUAUCUGCUUCCAAGAAAAGCCAUCACAAGAACAGUAAAAAAUACACUGAAUUGUACUCGUGUAUGUUAUGGUAGAGACAUAAUUUCCCAUCUUUUUAAAAUCAGUAUCAAUAUUUUUUGUUUUGUGUUUGUUACGUGCAUGGGUUACAAACUCACAUAAAAGACGCAUUACUGUUUCUACAAA